UGUAGAUUUAUUAGCUACGCAAACUAGAUUCCCGUACAGAUCUUGCAUCACCAUAUUGCGUCACAUGUCAACCAUCGAACUGUCGGAUAUUAUUCUAAGCCGGUAUAUAUACCUCUCGCAGCACUUGCGCUUCUUGUCUUUCCCACACAUUCACGUCUCAAAUAUUGACAGGUAACUCGCUCGACUAUCUAAAUAGAACAAAUCGUUAUCAACCCAUCAACAGUAACUCAACAUGUCUUCUUCUCUCCCUCCUCAUGAUCCCUCUAUUGAGACCCCUCAGAGCAAGCUUUCAGCCACUGGUAAUAUCGAACAGGCCACUCGAAGGGUCAACCGAUUUGCCAAGAGAGAUCCUGCCUUGUACCCUCUCGCCUUCAUCAUGACUGGUAUCUUUGGUGUUGCCGGUUACAUGUUCUGGAAGAAGAGCGUCGAGCCCGAACCAGUUAAGAAGUUAGUGUCAACCGGCAUUGUCAAUCCUUGGGAUUCUUCCGACAAGCUUGACACAUACCCUUCCUCUGUCGCCCAAUUUAAGUACAGAUAUAAGACUCGAGACGGCCAUUACGAGGAUGCCCAUCCCACUCUUAACCAGUCUAUGCAACAUUUGAAGGACAACAAUCCUCACAAGUACCGAACCGCCUAAACGAAAUUAACUGUGGGAUAUGAUAUGGCAUAGUAGGGCAUAGUGAUGAAGGCGAUUGUAUUACUAGGAUAGCAGAGUCAGAAGUACAUCCAAAUGAAACAAAUGUCGAAGUGAUUCGCAUCAUGAUAUGUAUCGCAAUAGCACU